AAUUAUGAUUCCCAAAUACCCAGUACUGGAGCCCGUAAGCACAAUGCUACUGCUACCACCCAAGGUUAGCCACACCUGCAAGCGCCAUUCGUACUGCGCAGCGCACGGACCGGUUGACUAGCAGGAUUAAUUAGCGGCUUGCACGUAUAGGCUCGCUCGAAGUUGUUGAGAGCGUGCUUCGUGUUAGCGAUAGCCCAACACGUAGUGUAACUGCGCAGGCGUGGGCUACAAGAUGACCCUGGCGAAGGACACGUCGGUGCCCUUCCAGCGUCAGCAGGUGCUGUCCGCCGUACAGAGAUGCGCGCCCGACGCCGCCUACUUGAGGGAGUCGCCCCUCACCGCCACGAUCGCUCUGCACACAGUGGUGACGCGAGGGUUCGACCGCAUGUUCCUGGACCUCGAGAGGCGCGGCGCGCAGCUUGGCAUCAGCUCCAUCGGACUCAGAGUCUCUACGCUCAAGGACAUCUACCUCAAGUUGACCCUGGCGAGCGUGUCCCUCAGCGAGAAAACAUCUUGGGGACUCCAAUUGCCUGCCAAUCUGGCAACCCUGGUGAGCACCCGCGGCUCGAAGCCUGGAACCUGCGCGCGCUCCAUGGCGCUGAUGCUGGAGCGGGUGCUGUUCCUCCGAACGCGCUGUCGGUCCACGCUGCUCGGCGCCCUGAUGCCCGUGCUGGUCCUGGUGGCCGCGUUCCAGUGGAUGGCCGCGGACCAGCCGAAGCGCGAGAACGCCACGUCUUCCGUCAUCCUGGUGCCGGUGUCCCUGCGAGAGCUCUAUCCCGACGCCCGCGUCUUCCUCGACGACGACGACGAGGCCAGGAAGGGAAUCAGCCCGUACUACGUGCAUAUGGUCAAAGAGGAAGGGGUGGUGAUGGCCCGCUACGACGGCACGGCGGGUGACGUGCUCCUCCAGGAGGCCAGAGCGGACUACGUGUCCUACACUAGUAGCUCCGUCCUAGGCGCUGUCUUCCGCGACGAAGAGUUGCAGGCCUGGUUCAACCCCUACGCCAUCAUGAGCAAGUCCCUGGCAUUCGACCUCGUCAGCAGCGCCCUGCUCGCGUUCAACACCGGAAGCUUCUGGGCACGCUUCGAGACGACGCUGGCGGUGCACAUUCCCCAGGUGAUGAAGCAACAGCGGAAGCGGCGACUGAAGGGAGACCCGGAUGCCGAAGACUACGAAGACGACCCCAUGGGCCGCGUCGACGAGCAGGUGCACAGCAUGGCGGCCAUCUGGGCUCUGAUGGGGCCGCUGGCGUUGGCCCUGAUCGCGUCCUCUUUCGUGGCGUUUCCGAGCGCUGAGAGCUCUAGCGGCUUCAUGCAGUUGGUGCUGAUGACCGGCGUCCCCGGAUGGCUGCACUGUCUCUGCAACACCAUAUUCGACCUCGCCCUAUACGUCUGGGUGGUCAUACCGGCCUCCGCGGCCUUCGCUUCCUACUUCCAACUAUAUUUCAUCUCCUACAAGGCCCUGCUCUCGGUGUUCGCCACGGCCGGCAUACUAUGCAUCCUGUCUGCAUACGACAUCGCCUACUGGAGCAGCAACUCCUGCAGAGCCCACGUCACAGCGUUCAUCUUCUUCGGGGUUACCGUAUUGGUAGAAGUGGCAGUGACCUGCUUAGGAAACCACCGUAUUUGA